AUGAAUAGGAUGGAGCAGCUCUUUGACGAGCUGGACCACGACCGAUCUGGUCAUAUCGACCUCUCGGAGUUGCGCGAGAAGAUUGUGGAUGCCAAGGUGAUCGCGUUUCUGCAGGCCCUGAAGAUGGACGUGCGGCAGGUGGGGAAGUUGUUCAACCUGCUUGACACUGACAAGUCGGGGACGAUCGACAAACAGGAGUUCAUGGUCGGUUGCACGAACCUUCGUGGAGAGGCUAUGCAGCUGGACGUGGCCAUACUGCAGGGGGAGACGCGGUCACUGAAAGAGCUCGUGAUGCGAUUGGCCGACCAUUUGGAUGACCGCCUCGAGCUUCUCUUACCAAUACCGAGGCUCAAUGAUGAUGCCCCAGCGGGGACGAGGGAUACUAUGUCCAGCACGUUCAGCAUGUACGGCGACACGCGCACCGAGCACGUCCCAAAGGACAACGACGUCCCAAGCACGCCUGGACGCACCGCGGCAGCGUGA